AUGGAUACAACAUCGAAACCCCUCAACCUAUCAACAACCAUAUAUUUUCAGGAUUAUGGAAACGAGACGACCAUCAAUCGUUUUGAACAGCCGGAUUGGCAAGUGGCACUGUGGGCAAUUGCUUAUUCACUUAUAGUGAUUGUGUCUGUCACAGGAAAUGUCACUGUAAUUUGGAUAAUUUUGGCGCACAAAAGAAUGAGGACAGUGACUAACUAUUUUAUAGUAAAUCUUGCAUUCUCUGACGUUUCGAUGGCUACUUUCAACACUGUCUUCAAUUUUGUUUAUGCUAUACACAACGACUGGUACUUCGGGUUGGGAUACUGUAGGUUUCAGAACUUCUAUCCCAUCACAGCCAUGUUUUCAAGCAUUUAUUCUAUGGCAGCUAUUGCGGUUGACAGGUAAGAACAUACUUCUUCCUAUUAUGUGAUAUAGCCUGCAUACUCUAGUCGGUAGAGAACACACAAUUGUUCAGGGACAUCAAAAGUAAAAAUGUCCACUCAAACCAUGGUGAAGUUCUUUAAAUCACGCACGUUCCCAAUACAUAUAAUCAAUCAUAUCAACCUCCACAAUGGCUGCAUCACUCAGAUAAAUGUGUAAUGAGGCUACUUGUCAUUGAAGUGUACAAUAAUCCAAUAAUCAUCACAUAUGUUCUGAUUUUUAUUAUAUUUCUGAGUUAUAUUCUUUUUUUUCUUCAAAUAUAGCUUACUGAGCAUUGUAGAUGCUAAGGGUGCAAUACAUUAUAAUUGUUAUAUUACUGAAUUUGCUUACAAUAUAAUAUUUUUCCAUUUUCCAUGUAUCCCUUCACCAGGUUUUAUCAUCUUGUCUGGGUGUGUUCACCACAGUGCAGUCUGUCUGUCUGGCUGUCUUUGUGCGCGUAAAAGAGCGCUCUAGCCUUCCUAAAUCCACCGAUUCUGUUGAUAUAAGGGCAAUUCGUAUAUUAUUCUGCGUAUCACUAUGGAGCUAUAGCCUACUGUUUAAGGGCUCAAUUAUAUCUGUAAAGCUGAAGCAUUACAGAUUCCGCGAUAGAAAUGUAAAUGUCAUUUCCAAUUGAGCCAACAUAUGCAGCGUUUACCGUGAAUGCAGUCUCCGCUAAAGCGGGAACAUUGCCUUUAAAUUUCAAUAACGCUGUAAAGCUGAACUUCUGCGAUGCGGAUUUAAUAGAGCCCUUAAUGUGUUAGUUACAUUGGCUUAAAAUACAUCCCAUUUCAUCUCUGAACCUAACAUUUUACCUUUCUCUCUCUCUCUCUCUCUCUCUCGCUCUCUCUCUCUCUCUCUCUCUCUCUCUGUUUCUCUCUCUGUUUCUCUCUCACUCACUAUGUGUGUGUUUCCAUGAUAUGCAUGAUAUUCAAUGAGAUAUUCCAUUGACAGCUGGUUAACUCUGACUGCAACAUCACCCUGAAAGCUGCACCACAUGCUUUUUGUAUUCAAUUAGAAAUAUCUUAAUGAGUUAAAAAACAAUACAGCUGUAUUGUAGACAUUGCUGUUUUCAAAGCUCCGAUGAUCAGAAGUUACGUCAUAUAUUACAGAAUGAGAAUCGGCAGAGUGCACUACCAUUCACUCAUCAUCAUGACAGUGAGAUUGUGAUGAGUGAGCGUCACCGUGGUUUUCAGAACAUUUCAGUCUUCAGCACUCUAAGCAGCCUAUGACAUGCACUGUAUCUGAUUUUUGCUUGUUUCUAUUCCACAGAUACAUGGCCAUAAUUUACCCUUUACAACCAAGGCUGUCCUCCACAUCCACCAAGAUUGUGAUUGGUCUCAUCUGGGCGUUGGCAUUCUCCCUGGCUUUCCCCCAGUGUUACUACUCUGUCACCCAGCAUUAUCCACCACGGACCAUCUGCAUGGUCAACUGGCCCGAUGACUAUGGCGGGAAACACCAUCUUACGUGAGACACCCAUAAUACCAUUCCCAGUAAUGUGUCUGUAUAGACGUAGUUGCUAUAAUGACAACAUAGAUCAUGGUUGGAAAUGAAUGUUAAGAGAUGUUCCAAGCCUAAACCCACAUGAUCACAUACGUCUGUCUGGAAUUCUUGAGCCUGAACAAUAUCCUACUGUCUCGCAGAUACCAGAUAGCUAUGAUCGUACUGAUCUACCUGCUCCCCCUGCUGGUGAUGUUGAUCACCUACAGCCUUAUUGGCCAGACACUGUGGGGCAGUGAGAUACCGGGGGAGGCCUCAGACCACUACCAGAAUCAGAUCCAGGCCAAACGCAAGGUCAGCUAUGUCAUAUUGAUGCAAAGCCUUCACUGAACAGCUUAUAAGAACCUGCUUCUUUUUGUAUUUUUUUGUAUGUCUAUUUACUGAAGAACUGUGUCUAGUAUUCCACCAGUAUGGCCAUUGCAAAUGCAUACCAAAAACAAACGCUUCAAACGCUUGAGCUGCACUAAAACAAGAGCUUAGACCCAGGUCUGGUCCAUAUAGUUGUCAUGGCAUCAGAGAUGCUCAGCUGUCUCAGUGUGUUGUGCUGUUUUGUGCUCCAUGUAGGUGGUGAAGAUGAUGAUAGUGGUGGUGAUGACCUUUGCCCUGUGCUGGCUGCCCUACCACAUCUACUUCAUCCUGGGCAGCUUCAACAAGGAAAUCUACAUGCAGACGUACAUCCAGCAGGUAUACCUGGCCAUCUUCUGGCUGGCCAUGAGCUCCACCAUGUAUAACCCCAUCAUCUACUGCUGCCUCAACCAAAGGUAAAGCCAGAGGGACAUCACUAAACUCAUAUUGUGUCAGUUGCAUGAUAUUAUUGAUUCAACAACAUACAACCCACAUUCAAAUUUAACUUCAUUAAUGAAGAAGUAAAGCAAUAGUUCAUUUCUGAAUGUUUAUCAACGUUAGCUGGCUAACUUGGUGAUCUUGCUUUGUGAUAUUCCCUUUGGCAUCUCUCUUUCUAGAUUCCGCUCAGGGUUCCGUCACGCUUUCAGCUGGUUCCCCUUCAUCAAGGUGUCGGAGGAGGACAAGAUGGAACUGCAGCACACACAGACCUUCAGGAUGACCCGCAGCUAUCGCACUGAGAACACCAAGAGCACUGUGGUCCGCCACAACUCCACCCAACAUGAUGACCACACCACAGUCAAGCUCAUGAAAAGCUAA